AUGGAUAUCACUUCCAAGAGGACGACCAAACUAUCUGUGCCUCAUACCUACGACAAAGAAGUCACUCUUGUUGGUACGCUCGAACAACUAGCACCUGAUGAGCCUACGCAAGGGCGUAGAAUCGCCUUAAUACUACACGGUUCCAUGGGACACAAAGACUACUUAUUUCAGAAGCGUCUCGGUCUUAAGUUACCCAUAGAUUCCUUCCGUUUUGAUUUCACUGGUAGCCACGAAAGCUCUGGACAGUGGAGACUGGGAAAAAUAGAAGGGGACGCAUUCGACAUCCAUGUUGUGGCGGAAUAUCUGAAUCGACGAUACGGGUAUAUGGUCGACCUGCUAGUCGGACAUUCGCGUGGUAGUGUCGCAGCUAUGAUUUGGCUUUGUAAUUAUCCGCAAGCUGCGACCAGAAGUGUGAGGGGAGUCACCAGUGAAGAUCAUGCUGAAUUUGCUGGCGUCAAUACUUCAGUAGUAUGGGAUCGCUUUCCUGCAGGAAUCGACGUGCUUACAAUGCACGGCCUGAUGGACGCGGUGGUACCACCUUUUGAUGCUGUGAUAUAUGCACAAGCCUACGGCGCGCGUUCGCCUGGCACGCAUAAUUUAUAUUAUGUUGAAGACGCAGACCAUAACUUUACUGGGAUGGCGGAUCAAGUUGUUGCCACGAUUCGUGAAUGGUUUGACAUGCUAGAGCGUAAGGAACUUAGAACUGGCAUUUGGCAUACCGGUGUUAAGCCGAAAUUGUAG